AUGUCAAAACAAAAAGGACGUAAAGCAGAGAAGGUAGAAGAGCCAGAACAAGCCAUGUUAGGUCCAAAUCUGACUGGAGAAAAGAUCUUUGCAGUUUGCCAUCUCUUAGCGACCUUCAACGACACAUUUAUUCACGUUACCGAUCUCUCUGGCAGAGAAACACUUGCAAGAGUGACUGGUGGAAUGAUGGUUAAGGCUGACAGAGAAGAAAGUUCCCCAUACGCAGCUAUUUUAAACUCUAUUAAAUUCCAGUGUUUUUAUUAUAAAUAUUUAUUUUUGAAAAAAAAUGAUAGAAAGGUAUAUGCUCGCUGCCGUUGAAGUCUGCAAUCGUCUUAAAAAACUAGGCAUCAACUCCCUUCAUAUUAAAAUCAGAGCUAGAGGAGGCACGGAAAGCAAAACACCAGGACCUGGAGCUCAAGCAGCUUUAAGAGCUUUGGCUAGAAAUGGAAUGCUUAUUGGAAGAAUUGAGGAUGUGACACCAAUCCCUACAGAUAGCACAAGAAGAGCUGGUGGAAGAAGAGGAAGAAGAUUAUAA